AUGAUUGCUGCAGAGGAUUUUGGUCGUAAACCAACCCGUGCCAGUGCACCCAGUGCACCUCACUCUCUUAGCAAAAAAAUUGCCGCGUUGGAUCUUCUCUCAAGCGGUAUUCCAAUCGCCACAGCUGCCGCUCAACACGGUAUCACUGUGAACCUCCUUGAGCAGUGGAAAUCAUCUGAAGCUGUUCUCCGCCAGGUUUGUACAUUUUCUUUUUUCUUCUUGGGAAUUAUUAAUCUUACACUAUGCCGUGUUUGUGCGCUUUCGCAUCAUAUCAACAUUUGA